GCACGCUCUGACCAGCCAGAUCGCGGCUGUUUGCUUUGUUUUCCGCGCGCUCGUCAACAAUUGGGCGGAGGGUCGAGUUUUCGCCGCCGCCAGCAUCCGCAUCCUCCCCCCCCUCUCAACCUCGGUCGUCCUCUUGAAAUUGUUUCGAUCGAUCUAGACCACAUCUAUAUCGCCACACUCGAGUUGCUCUGCUGAUACUCAACACCUACUCUUUACCCACUUCACUACCCACUUACACAAAACAACUCUUACAAAAUGCCUGCCGACGUCAACAAGGGAGCUUCGCUCUUCAAGACCCGAUGUGCUCAAUGCCACACCCUCGGUGCCGGUGAGCCCAACAAGGUCGGCCCCAACCUGCAUGGGGUUUUCGGACGCCGAUCGGGUCAAGCGGAAGGAUUCUCCUACACUGCCGCCAACGUCAACAAAGGUGUUGUCUGGGAGGUCGAUACUAUGACCGAGUAUUUAGAGAACCCCAAGAAAUACAUUCCGGGAACGAAGAUGGCGUUCGCUGGAUUGAAGAAAUUAGGGGACAGACAGAACCUUGUGGCCUAUCUUAAAGAGGAGACCAGCAAGUAAUCUCCUCAAACGCGAGAAACGUCGAGAGGAACUCACGGAAGACGAUAGACGCUGUAAUUCAUCGGUUCACAUUCUCUCACGACCCUUAUACAUUAUGCCCUGUCAGUAAUU